AUGGAGAGUGAUAGUUCUAUCGAAAUCUUGGAUGUCUUUCCAGCAUACCCAAAAGCAAGGGAGAAAUCACCAUUGUCAUGUCCUCAUCCUCACAAGACGAUGAGGACAAAUUCAAGUGCUCAGAUUGGGAGUACUGCCAAUCUUUCAAGGUUGGUUCCUCACUCUACUAAAAAUAAAUCGAAAGAGGCAAACCUCAAGAAAUCAAAAGGGCAAGCGAAAUUUCAUUCCACCAUGCAGGAAUUUGAAGGUGUUGAAGGUACCACCAAGAAAUCCCCAAAAUCUGAGGUUCUUAGAAGGAUUCCAAAAAUGACUGCUGAUGAAAAAGCCAAAGAUCUUCAGAAAGCAAGAGGCGUUAAACCUGAAAAUCCUCAUUUCGAUGUUGUCAUGCAUGCCUCAUAUGUUCGUUUUGGAUGCGUGAGUAUACCAUCAGGCUUUGCAAAGAGACAUUUAAAUAAGAAAUUGGAUGAUAUCAUCCUUUGGCUUUCAGAUGGGAGAAGAUGGUCUGUUAGGUACAAGUUCAACAGGCGUGCUGCAUGCCAAUUUGGAGCUGGUUGGAAGGAAUUUUUACAAGACAAUAAUCUGGAUGUAGGUGACGUUUGUUCAUUUGAACUUAUUAAGGGCAUUAAAAUUUCUUUCCAAGUGGUGAUUUUCUGUGCCACUGAAGAACAUUGCCCAAAAUUGCCAAAAUCUGAGAGUGAUAGUUCUGUCAAAAUCUUGGAUGACUUUCCAGCAUACCCAAAAAUGAGGGAGAAAUCACCGCUAUCAUGUCCUCGGCCCCACAAGAUGACGAGGAUGAAUCCAAGUGCUAAGACUGGGAAUACUCUGUCAAGUUUUUACCGCUAUCUCAUUAUCAUUUGCUUGUCGAUAAAAGGUGUAGAAGUCGUUUCUGCCACCAGUCGAUGCCCAGAAUCUAAGGUUCCUAGAAGGACUCAAACGGUCAAUGAAAAAUCUAGUGCUCUUCAGAAAGCAAGUGGCUCUAAAUCUGAAAAUCCUUAUUUCUUGGCUGUACUAAGUAGCUUUCUCAACAUUAAAGGUGGACAGAGAGUGAUGCUUCAGGUUGGGGAAAAAUCAUGGCCAGUGAAGUUUAAUAGCUAUCCACAUUUGUCAUACGCUGUCUUGUCUGCUGGUUGGCGUACCUUUGUGAAGGAUAACAGUCUGCAAGUGGGAGAUGUUUGUGUCUUUGAGCUGAUUAAGAGUGAUGAUGUUAUGCUGAAAGUCUCCAUUUUUAGAUGCCCCAGUAAUCCUUUUGGGGCCUUAUACUGA